AGCGCAAGGUAUCUUCUCACGUGAGCACCCACGUGGCCCACGAUCAGCGAACGGAGCAGAGUCGGUGUAUCUUUCAGGGAGAGCAAUGGUGAGCCUGAAUCCAGUCCAGAUAUUCCAGGCGGGGGCCGAGGAGGACAAGGGGGAGACGGCCCGAAUGUCAGCAUUUGUCGGUGCCAUAGCGAUUGGUGACCUAAUCAAGACAACUCUGGGACCUAAAGGAAUGGACAAGGUGAUGGUGCCGACCGGUCCUCAUGCCACAGGUAUCCAGGUCACCAAUGACGGAGCCACCAUUCUGAAGAGUAUUGGUGUUGACAACCCAGCUGCAAAGGUCCUUGUUGACAUCUCUCUGGUUCAAGAUGACGAAGUUGGUGAUGGGACAACUAGUGUCACUGUUCUCGCCUGCGAACUGCUCAAGGAGGCGGAGCGGUUGGUAAACGCCAAGAUCCACCCACAAACAAUCAUCGCCGGGUGGCGCCUAGCAACCGACGCCGCCCGUGCGGCUCUUACCACCGUUGCUAGGGACAACAGCGGAGACCCUCAAAAAUUUAAUGAGGACCUGAUGAACAUAGCCAAAACCACGCUCAGCUCCAAGAUACUCACUCAACACAAGGACCUCUUCGCAGGUCUGGCAGUUGAGGCGGUCGGGAGACUCAAAAGGUCCGGAAAUCUGGAGGCCAUUCAGAUCAUCAAGAAACUGGGAGGUUCCCUGUCUGAUUCCUACCUGGAAGAAGGAUUCUUGCUGGAGAAGACGGUUGGAGUCAACCAGCCAAAGAGACUGGAGAAUCCACGAAUUCUCAUCGCCAACACCUCCAUGGAUACCGACAAGAUCAAGGUGUUUGGUCAUAAAGUGAGAGUCGAUUCGACUGCUAAAGUUGCGGAAUUAGAAUUGGCCGAAAAGAACAAGAUGAAAGAAAAAGUUGAGAACAUUUUGAAGCAUGACAUUCAGUGCUUCAUCAACAGGCAGUUGAUAUACAACUACCCCGAGCAGCUAUUUGCCGAUGCUGGCGUCAUGGCGAUAGAACAUGCUGAUUUUGAAGGGAUAGAGAGAUUGGCUCUUGUGCUGGGAGGCGACAUUGUCUCAACAUUUGACAGUCCCGGGAAGGCCAAACUAGGCAGCUGCAAACUCAUUGAGGAGAUAAUGAUAGGGGAGGACAUGUUGCUGAGGUUCUCUGGGGUUGCCCUCGGCGAGGCGUGUACGAUCGUCGUUCGCGGGGCGACCCAGCAGAUUCUGGACGAGGCCGAGCGAUCUCUUCACGAUGCUCUGUGUGUUCUUCAGCAGACCGUGAGGGAGACACGAGUCGUGUAUGGCGGAGGAGCCUCUGAAAUGGCGAUGGCUCACGCGGUUCAACAGGAGGCAGACAAGACACCUGGGAAGGAAGCGCGGGCCAUGGAGGGCUUUGCCACGGCUCUCAGACAACUGCCGACAAUAAUAGCAGACAAUGCUGGCUACGACAGUUCCCAGUUGGUGUCGGAGUUGAGAGCUCUCCACAGUCAGGGGAAGACCACCAUGGGUCUCGACAUGGUGAAGGGCAGUGUGGGUGACAUGGCUUGUCUCGGCGUCACAGAGUCGUUUCAGGUGAAGAGACAGGUGCUCCUGUCGGCCGCAGAGGCUGCAGAGAUGAUCCUCAGAGUCGACAACGUCCUCAAGGCUGCUCCGAGGAAGAGGGCUCCUGAUUAUGGUCAUUAGAGCAGGGACAUUAGCCACACCCCCUUCUGUGCUCUAUAAUUAUGCUGCAUAACAGGGUUAUUGUAUGACACAUUGUAAAGUGUAUUGUAUGUAGCUCAUAAUGAGGUUGGGUGAAUCAAUGAAACACCAGAG